GCACAGGCUCCUCCCAGCAGCUCUGACCCACUGUCAGAAGAACAGGAAGACUCCUCUGCCGCUAAAGCUGUAGUCGCUCGCUUCCCCCUGUCAUUUAGGGGUUAAAAGUUAAAUAAACUUGUAGCAGUCAUGGAAACUAAUUUAGAAAACAAGUCGGGCCAAUUCAUCCGUAACAUCAUCUCGUCACCCGUGUUGUAGUCGCCGAAACAACUGGUGGAAGUGGGAAGAGCGGAGUUUUUUUUCUUUCCACGGGGCUUUACCUACUGUUGUCAGAAGAGCUAGCGUAGCUGAAGCUAAGAGUUAGCUCACUUAUUACCGCAUACUUUCGAGACUCAAAGUUCACUUUGUUUAACAUAUCGGUUCGUAUCACACGUGGAUCCUAUAAGUCGUUUUUUGUAUUUUAUUAACGCAACAGGAAGUGUUCGUACUUUUCCUUCCGAGGGCUUGGGCUGUGCUUUGAAUUUCCCUCCUUCAGUGAUACAGACAGGCGGUUUAGCGAGGGGCUCGUUUGGUGUAGUUGGCUCUCUACCAAAUCAUUAGCAGCAUUGUGCUAAUUGUGGCUAAGUUAGCCAGGCACUAGCUUAGGCCCAAGGGAAUAAACAGUUGGCUUUUUAACAAAGUUUUGAAACACCUUCUGAGGAUACGUUUGCUAUUUUUUUUACGAUUGAGUUCUGGGAGAUUACCGCCACAAGGGUUUAUUCUGUCUCCCAACUCAAGGAAACGGAUUAAAUUAUCAGUAUGGAUCCAAACACGGGGAACUCUGCUUCAGCGGCUGGUCCCAAGAAGGACAAGAAAUCAAAGAAGAGCUACGAGGAUGGAGAUGGGAAAAAGAAAUUUAAACUCAAACGCCUGAUUCCUGACGAGUUGGAGCGUUUCACCAGCAUGAGGAUGAAGAAGGACAAGGAGAAGCCCGGCCCGGUCCCAAGUCAACGGCACUCUUCAGCGGCCAACUACGAGAUCAACGCUCAGAGUGCCAUGCUGCACGAUCUUUCAGAUGAGUCUGUCCUGGACCUGUUCGAACAGAUGCUGGUGGAUAUGAACCUGAAUGGGGAGAAGCAGCAGCCUCUCAGGGCAAAAGACAUUAUGAUCAAACGAGAGAUGGUCUCCCAGUACCUCCACACGUCUAAAGCGGGUCAAAACCAGAAGGAGAGCACCAAAUCAGCCAUGAUGUAUAUCCAGGAGUUAAAGUCAGACUACAGAGACGCACAGCUGCUGAGCUGUCUGGAAUCUCUGCGAGUCUCACUCAACAACAACCCUGUCAGUUGGGUGCAGAACUUCGGAGAUGAGGGGCUGGCCCUGCUGCUGAAUCUGCUUAGAAAACUACAGGAUGACAAAGAAGAGUGCUCACACAUCGGAGUGAAAUGUCAACACGAGAUCAUCCGCUGUCUAAAAGCCUUCAUGAACAACAAGUGCGGCCUAAAAUCCAUGCUGGAGUCAGUGGAAGGGAUUCCUCUGCUGGUCAAAGCCAUCAACCCCCGGGUGUCUCACAUGAUGGUGGACGCUGUCAAGCUGCUUUCUGCCAUCUCCAUAAUGGAACAUCCUGAGAACCUUCAUGAGCGUGUUUUGGAGGCCAUCACAGAGGAGGCAGAGAGACAGGACAUCGAAAGGUUCCAGCCUCUCCUUUCUGGCAUGAGAAAUCACAACAUCGCUCUAAAGGGUGGCUGCAUGCAGCUAAUCAACGCCUUGAUAAGCCGCGGAGAAGAGCUGGACUUCAGGAUCCAUAUUCGCUCUGAACUGCUGAGAUUGGGACUCAGAGAGCUGCUGACGGAGGUGCGGAAGAUAGAAAACGAAGAGCUGAGGGUGCAACUCACCGUGUUUGAUGAGCAGGCUGAAGAUGACUCUGAGGACCUCAAAGCGCGUCUUGAUGACAUCCGCAUUGAGAUGGAUGAUGUGAGAGAAGUGUUUGAGAUCCUAGUCAACACAGUGAAGGACUCCAAGGGAGAAACCCACUUCCUGUCCAUGAUGCAGCACCUGCUGCUAGUUCGUAAUGACUACUUGGCCAGGCCCCAGUACUACAAGUUGAUAGACGAGUGUAUUGCUCAGGUUGUGCUUCACAGAAAUGGAGCGGACCCGGACUUCAAGUGCCGUAGCAUCGGCUUCAACAUCGAAGGCUUGAUAGACAACAUGGUGGACCAAACCAAGGUAGAAACAAGCGAGGCCAAGGCAUCUGAGCUGGAGAAGAAGCUGGAUGCAGAGCUGACAUCACGCCACGAGUUGCAGGUGGAGCUGACGAAACUGGAGGGUGACUAUGAGCAGAAGCUGCAGGACUUGAGCCAAGAGAAGGAACAGCUGGCCAAUUCGAAGCUGGACCGAGAAAAGGAGAACCAGGGACUGCAACUACAGCUUGGCACUCUGCAACAGCAGAUUGAAAAGCUGUCUAAAGAUCUGGAAGAGGCUAAGACGAGAGUUGUCACAGUUACUGUUCCCGUGCCAACACCAGGUUUGCCGCCUCCACCUCCCGCCCCUCCUCUCCCAGGCCAGAAUGCAGGUAUGCCCCAUCCACCUCCACCCCCGCCCCUACCUGGCCAGACAGGCAUGCCUGGUCCCCCUCCCCCUCCUCCUUUACCGGGUCAAGCGUAUAUUGCUCCUCCACCUCCUUUACCGGGCAUGCCAGGACCCCCCCCCCCCCCACCCCUCCCUGGCAUGCCAGGACCUCCACCCCCCCCACCCCUCCCGGGCAUGGCAGGACCACCACCCCCUCCACCCUUACCUGGGAUGGGACCUCCACCACCGCCACCUCCGCCAGGGUUUCCUGGUGCCCCCCCUCCACCGCCAGGCCCAGGUAUGCCUCCCCCUCCACCGUUUGGCAUGGGGGGCUGGGGGGCCCCCGCACCACCCUCACUGCCUUUUGGACUCGAGCCUAAAAAGGAGUACAAGCCUGAGGUCCAACUGAAGAGAGCCAACUGGAGCAAGAUCGGGUCUGAGGACCUCUCUGAGAAGAGUUUCUGGAUCAAGGCAAAAGAGAAUACAUUUGAAAGCAACGAGCUCUUUGCCAAACUCACCUUGGCCUUCUCCUCACAGACAAAGCCCACUAAAGCCAAAAAGGAGCAGGACGGCGGGGAUGAGAAGAAAACGACGCAGAAGAAGAAGGUGAAGGAGCUGAAGAUUCUUGACUCCAAGACCUCGCAGAACCUUUCCAUUUUCCUGGGUUCGUUCCGUCUUCCUUAUGUGGAAAUGAAAAACGCCAUCUUUGAGGUUAAUGAGAAGGUCAUCACAGAGUCCAUGCUUCAGAACCUGAUCAAACUGCUGCCAGAAGCAGAGCAGCUGAAGGUCCUGGGAGAAAUGAAGGAGGAAUACGACGACCUGGCUGAGUCUGAGCAGUUUGGAGUAGUGAUGUCCGGCAUAAAGCGGCUGAUGCCACGGCUUCAGGCCAUCCUGUUCAGGCUGCAGUUCGAGGAGCAGAUGAACAACAUCAAGCCAGAUGUGGUGUCUGUGACAGCGGCCUGCGAGGAGCUGAGUAAGAGCCAGUCCUUCACCAAGCUGCUGGAGAUCAUCCUCCUCGUAGGGAACUACAUGAACGCUGGCUCCCGCAAUGGGAAGGCAUUUGGCUUCUCCAUAUCAUACCUGUGCAAGCUUCGUGACACCAAAACAGCUGAUCUGAAGCAGACACUGCUCCAUUUCCUGGCUGACGUGUGCCAGGAGCAGUACCCAGAGAUCAUGGGCUUUGCAGACGAGCUCGUCCAUGUGGAAAAGGCCAGCAGAGUUUCGGCAGAGACACUCCAGAAGAACCUUGAGCUAAUGGGCCGUCAGAUCAAGACACUGGAAAAAGAUCUGGAAACCUUCCCUCCUCCACAAAAUGACAAGGACCUGUUUGUGGAGAAGAUGGCAAUUUUUGUGAGUUCUGCCCAUGAGCAGCAUGAGAAGCUGGAUCUGCUGCACAAGAAUAUGGAGAAGCAAUACACCGACCUGGGACAGUACUUUGUCUUUGACCCGAGAAAAAUCUCAGUGGAGGAAUUCUUUGGAGACCUCAACACCUUUAAAAACAUGUUCCAGCAAGCAGUAAAGGAGAAUCAGAAGAGGAAGGAGGCUGAAGAGAAGAUCAAGAGGGCCAAACUGGCCAGGGAAAAGGCAGAGAAGGAGAAGGAGGAGAAACUCAAGAAGAACCAGCAUCUCGACAUCAACACAGACGGGGAUGAAACUGGUAUCAUGGAUGGUCUGCUGGAAGCGCUGCAGUCGGGCGCUGCCUUCAGGAGAAAGAGAGGACCACGGCAAGCAGACUCAAUUGUGUCUUUGUCACAGCUAGUUCUGGAGACCUGUUCGCCAACCACCGACGAGCUGGUCAUGCAGUGACCAGCAUCCUGGCCAAAGAGCUGAUGCAGGAAGACACGCCUCCAUCCAGCCAACUGCCCGCAAAGAAGAAAAAGUCAGAGGAGAAGGAAGAGCCCAAACUAGAAGGAGUGGAGUCAUUAGAGGAGUUACUGGAGGCGACUCUCUCUCGGUCCAAUUAGGCCCCCACCACAGAAAGAUUUGACUAAGUCAUUGUUAUCCAAAUGCAGAUGUAUUUCCUAGCCAUUCCAGGGGCCAAUAUAAAUCUGAGAAAAAAAGGCCCUGUGUUUUCUCCAUGUCUAAUCAGGCCCCUCUUUAAGGGUAGCAUUGACUGUGUCUUCUGGGAGGACAGGGAGUGGCAGAGGAUGAGUGCGGGGCUCUCACCUCAGCCACGACCCCCUGGAUGUCCCUCAUCAACCUUUGGAUCUUUGCCAUCAUCAUAAACAUGUUAUUGCUUUCUUCAGCAUGUGCACAUAUCUAUUGUUGUCUGUUUCACUUGAUUCACCUGUUAUUCAUCAAAGGGCAUCUUAGGCCAUUCCAAAGACUUACUCAUAAGGGAUCCUUCCUUUUUUUGUGGUUAUUUUCCGCAACCCACAUGUAGACUGGGAAUGUCUAGAAUUUGGCAUCCUGCAGCGUUUCCUGUGGACGUUCCAGGCCAAGACCACUUUGCGCUUUUUCACAUAUUUUUUAAACCUAUGAAACAUAUCGCUUUGCAUUUGUCUCAUAUACUGUAUGUUACUGUUUGUUAAUGUUAAUCAAUUUGCUGUGUUAUUGAAAAAAAAGUGCCAACCAAUAGACAUCCAGUCUUGUCAUUUCACUCCCAGGUAUCGUCCAAUCACAGAUUGUACUCGCGGCUGUGUGGACUCAAACAGCCGUCAUCUCCUGGGUGGAUCACUGUGUUGUUGUAAUGAGGGAGAAGGGAUUGUGUUCACUGGUUAGCACGCUUUAGUUAGAUUUCACAUACAAUAUAUUAAUUUACAUAAAUGUGUCUAAGCUACCACUCAUGCCCACAACAGUUAUAUGAAGAAACUGCUUAUAUACAUUGAACAUUCCUAUAAACCGCAGAGAGAUGUAGAUUGGCAGAGAACGUUCGACAGUCAGUUAAACCAAAAGAAAAACUCUUAAAGUUUUAAAGUGUGUUUCCAUACAAAAGCUAGCCUGAGCAGUUUACAUGCCUGUAUGUGUAUGAGAAUAAGUGUGUGAAGUAAGCCACCUAUAUUUAGUUGUAUGUGCCCAUUCGACUUCCUACAUUAUGUGUGUUUGUGCAUUUAGGUUUAAGUGUGUGCGUGUUUUGCCAUCUGUAAUUACUGAACGGUACCAACCAUGCUGUCAUAAAUCCUAGGUUUCAUAAACCCUCUUUGUGGUCUUUCUGCUGAGGAUAUAGCCCACUGGAAAAAUGCCCGAAAACUGCUGAGACAAGUAUGUGUGUGUGUGUGUUGUUAACCCACUCUCUCUCCCACUGAACUGCAACAGUAGUUGAUGAAUGUCUGGCCUUGCUCUUAUUUGCAUUCAGUAGCCAUCAGCAUACAUGUUGCCCUGAUGUUGUGGUGUAAUAUCUGACAGGAAUCCUGAGAGGUGAUGUCAGCUGCUCCAUGCAAUAUGUAUAACUAUGCAAACACAAUACUGUAGUGUGUGUGCUCCAGCUCUGAUACCCAGCAAGCCUCAGGAAUCUAGAAACUACCGGGUGGACUCCAGCGGUCUUUAUCAAGCCACUGAUUGAGAUCAGAGCUUAACUGUGCCCAGGGAAGGAGGGACAUGAUUGUAUCUCAGAAAGUUCAGCAUAAAUAAAAUAAUCUACACCAGCAACACCAGCUUUUAUAUAUCUUCUAUUAAAAUUGGAAUAUCUUUGGACAUGGAGGAACUGGAACUUAACAUACAAAUAAAUGAGGUUCUUCAAGUACAGUAUAGGUGUAGAGAUCCUUAAUCAAGUGCUCCAGCUGCGUUUCAAUCCAGUAACUCAAGUUGCUGCGCCUGCUCUGAAGCACACAGUUUGUCGUAGAGAAACUGGAGGCUGCUGUGUUUCAUUCUGCUCGUCUCUGCAGGUGGACAGUGCCGGCGGUUGGGUCCCAGAUAUUGAAAGUUUUAAACAUAAUGGAGAGAAAGAUUAAAAUGAGAAUAGGAAAGAAUCACUGGAAUUGUUGUUUUCUAAUCUGAUCAUUCCUAUUGUUUUUGUUUUUUUUUAAGAGAUUUUUUUCUAUGUGAUUUUUACAGUUGAUUAUUUUAAUGUAUUUGAAUGGAGACACCAUUUAUUUUUUUUUUGCUCUGUAUACAGAAUAAUGCACAUAGUCAUUCUGUUUGCUACCCAGGACUAUUAAAAACGUCUUAAGUAAAUAAA